AUGAUUGAGCCUCACCGAACAAAUAUUGCUAAUGAAGAGACAACAAUGACAGAGGUCUAUACAGACGUGCUAGCACCACCUGAAAUCAUUAAUACUGGCCCUCAAAUUUCUCAACAAACAACAGAAGACUUUUCGAUGCAGAAUUCAGAGAUUGAUCCAAUCAGUAUCUUGACCUUAGAUAUUGAUGAAAAAGGUGGUUAUCGGCAUGGAAAAUAUGUGGCAAUAUUUGCUCCCCAAAAUUCUGUAAACAGAUUGACAACCCUUGUACUAAAGACCUACAUUGAUGAUGCUCUAUUGCCACCAGUGGCUGACAAUGAGUUCAUGUUUAGUCCUGUUCUCUCACUUGAACCACACGGGCUAACAUUUCAACAACCCGUGAAGGUUUUGUUUCCAUUCACAGCCGUUCCUAAAAAUUGGCUGAUGAAGCUCAAGAGGGCAAAUUGUGAUGUGUAUGAUACUUCAUGUGACUGGGAGACAAUUGUAGAGUAUAACACAGAUACUGGUGAUGUAACACACUACACAGAUGAUUGUGUGUAUGAUCCUGAUCGAGGAACGCUGAGUCUUAAUCACUUUUGUAAACACUGUUGGUUUGGUAAACCAAUAGUCAACUCCAUUUGGGGGCAGAAGCAGAUUCUCUGCUCGGUUUUUGGAUACCAGCCAAACAGCAAACAGAAAAGAUACAUUUUGAAUGUUUUUCUUCAUGAUCAGUGUUUGGAUAUUUUUGAGGAAAUCAAGCAAAUUGAAUUUACCAAAACACCCAAACAUUUAUUUUUUGAUGGACCAAACGCUCUUGACAUCAACCGACAUGGUAAUAUUUGUGUUGCAAUAGAAGGAGAUUCAUGGAAAAUGAAGAAAAAAAGGGAGGUAAGGAAACUGUUAUGAACAUCAUUAUUUGAUCAUCCCUAAUCUAUUGCUUG